AGAGUCUCUUCUAUAUAAGAGGUUCAACUUUUCUUGUAAAAUUGCAAUUGCCUUUUUCUUUUGUUUUUCACUAAGCUAAUAAAAAAAAUAAAGCUUUGAGUUUGUGUUGCAAUUGCUUUAAUCCUAAAAAAAAAAUGAGUUAUUUGGGAGUUGGAGUUAGUCCUGGAAAUGUUCCAGUUUAUCAUGGGAAUAAUUUAAAGGUGAUUGAUAGGAGAGUGAGAGUUACAGAGCUUGUGUUAAGGUGUGUGAUUUGUGGUUUAGCAAUUCUUGGUGCUGCUCUCAUUGGAACUGAUAGACAAGUUAAAGUGAUUUUCUCAAUUGAGAAAGUUGCUGAAUUCACAGAUAUGAAAGCUCUCGUGUUUUUAGUGAUAGCCAAUGGAUUAGCUGCUGCCUACUCACUGGUGCAAGUUCUAAGGUGCAUGUUGAGUAUGAUUAGAGGAAGUGUUCUCUUCAAUAAACCAUUGGCGUGGGCUAUUUUUUCUGGUGAUCAGUUGAUGGCCUACUUGACACUGACCGCCGUGGCGGCGGCCGCGCAGUCGGCGGUGUUUGCCAAGUUAGGACAACCAGAGUUACAAUGGAUGAAGAUAUGCAAUAUGUAUGGGAAAUUUUGCAACCAAGUGGGAGAAGGAAUUGCAAGUUCUUUAAUUGUGAGCCUUAGCAUGAUAGUUCUCUCUGGUAUUUCAGCUUUUGGUCUCUUCCGUUUGUAUGGAAAUAAUAAAGGAAAGGGCAAUGCAAUAUAAUGAAAUGUAACUUUAGUGGAUUUCCUUUGGUCUUUUUCUUUUUUUAGAUCUUUUUUUUUCUUUUCUCUUGGCAGUUGUAAAAUAAAUCAAAGACCAAAGUUGGUGAAAUUAUAAUGAUUUCAGUUUUUUCUUGAUCAAA